AUGCUCGAAAACUACCAACCAGAAACCCGAACACCAGAAAACCAAAACCUAAGAAGGGGUAUUGAUGAAGGCCGAAGAGAGAUUCAAGAAGCCAUCGGCCUAAACAUGUCAGCACCCAUCACUAAGUUCAAGACAGUGUCAAUAUUUACGCAAAACUACUCCUGCGCGUAG